AUGAAGCAUGCAGCUAAUAGGACACUUUUGAAUGGUGACACUAAAGUCAACGAUACGGCAGAAGUUACGUGUGAUUUAGGUUACUACGAUUCUUACCAGAACCAAACAACGGGUGUAUCAAAACGUACACUUAUAUGCUCUAACACGGGGAAAUGGACAAAUACUUCCAAAUGCGUUCCUAAAGAUUGCCAUGAUGUUAAAGUCAUCACCAUAGUUCAUGCGGCACAAAGGCGUUACAAUGACACAAAAUUCAAUUCUACAGCAGAAAUAGAUUGUAAAGAUGGAUAUUAUAAUCCAAGAGAAAGUCAAACAACUGAAACAUCAACUGCUAUAAUCAGAUGUUCUGAACAAGGAACUUGGACCAACAUACCUAGUUGUAUACGCAAAGAUUGCGGAUCUCUUGAAAUGUUAAAUAUAUCAAAUGCUGCAAACAGACUCAUAUUUACUGACACAAAAUACGGAUCCAAUGCUGCUGUAACAUGUAUAACAGGGUACUAUGAUAAGAAUAAAGCCCAGAUGAAAGGAUUAUCAUCCACAUUGAUCAAAUGUUCUGAGAACGGAACGUGGGUUAAAGUGCCAAACUGUGUCAGAAAAGAUUGCGGAAACCUAACAGAUAUCCCGAUAACUUAUGCUGUUCACAGACGUCUACAUGCAAAUACAACAUUUGAAUCAAUAGCUGAUAUAGACUGCGAUGACGGAUAUAACAUUAAAGGAAGAAAUCAAACAGCCGGAAUAUCAACCCAAAGCAUAACAUGUUCUGAUACAGGAACAUGGAUCAAUGUGCCAGAAUGUGUUCCUAAAGAUUGUGGAAGACUGGACCAACUAAAUUUAUCAAACGCGAAAGAUAGAAGCCUUAUCAAUCAAACCACAAAUUUUACAUCACUGGCGAAUAUAAGUUGUGAUGAGGGAUAUAAGGAGUUAAAUAGAAGUCAGGUACUAGGAAUAACAUACACUGUGCUUAGAUGUAACGAAAACGGAACGUGGGCAAAUCUUCCGAAUUGUGUCAGGAAAGAUUGCGGGACCGUCGAUCAACAAAACCUUACAAAUGUAGCAUUAGCAAAACUGCAUCAUGACACCAAGUUUAACUCUACAGCAGAUGUAGUAUGUGAUAGUGGUUACUAUAACGAACAUGGAACUCAAACAGCUGGACGGUCAACAACUACACUAACAUGUUCCAAGAAUGGAACCUGGGUGAAUCUACCAUCUUGCGUACCGAAAGAUUGUGGACAACUAGAAAACUUAACCCUGACUUAUGUCAAUGAAAGGAAUUAUAUGAACGGCACGGUGUUUACAUCAAUCGCAAACAUGACCUGUGAUAUUGGUUUUAAAGAUAAAGACGAAGACCAGACCGAACAUAUAUCCACCACAAUUAUAACCUGUAGUGAAACAGGAAACUGGACGAAUUUACCAACCUGUAUAAGAAAAGAUUGUGGAAAUGUAACAUAUUUAAACAUCAGUAAUGCAGAAAAAAGACGUCAAAAGAAUGGUACAGAGUAUAAUUCAACUGCUGAAAUAGACUGUGAUGCAGGAUUUCAUAACAAGGAUGUCAAUCAAACAAGCGCAAUAUCAACAACAACUAUAACAUGCUCUGAUAGAGGAACAUGGAUUAAUAUACCUACAUGCGUCCCCAAAGAUUGUGGACAAUUACCUUUACCAUCACAUGGUACAAUCAGCUUUGUCUCAAAUAGGACUACAUUUGCAUCUAAGGCAGUGUAUAACUGCGACGAUGGCUAUCAAAUAAAUGGGUCUGACAGUAUAGAAUGCAAGGCUACUGGGAAAUGGAGCGAUUAUACAACAUAUUGUCAGAUAAAAGACUGUGGACAAGUAUCACCCCCAGCAAAUGGUGUAAUAAUUCUUCAUCAGGACAGUACUGUUUACGGUUCCAAUGCUUCAUACAUCUGUGAUGAGGGCUACAUCAUGAAAGGUCAAGCAAACAUAACAUGCCAAGCAUCAGGAAACUGGGAUUACAAUACAACUUAUUGCGAAAUAAAAGAUUGUGGGAUGCCAAAUGUUCUGCAAGACGGCUAUGUUUCUGCUCCAAAUGGUACAAAAUUUGAAGCUAUCGUUGAAUUCAAAUGCCAGCCUGGAUAUACUCUACAUGGGGAUAAUACUACAAGUUGUAUGCCAGAUGGAAAGUGGAACAAAUACACUGUGAAUUGUACUCAAAAUAAAUGUAACCAAGCUGAAGAUAUAGAUCAUGGUUCUGUUAACACAACUGAGUCGGGUGCAAUUUAUGAAUGCGAUAUUGGGUACACAUUAAAUGGAAGUCAUACACUAUUUUGUCAACUUGACGGUACAUGGAACUCAGAACCACCAACUUGUAAUGUUACAGAUUGUGGGGAAAUAAUACCACCAAUACAGGGAUCGGUAUCACUCAUUUUAAAUGAAACAACCUUCAAUGCAACUGCAAUGUUUAACUGUGAAACGGGCUAUGAACUUACUGAUGAUAAAAUGGCAAGAUGUAAUGCCUCUGGUCAAUGGACAAGAAACCCAGAAUGCAAAAUUAAGGACUGCAAGAGGCCUCCGGAUCUUGCAAAUGGAAAUGUUAGUACCACUAACGGAACAACAUAUGAGUCUGUUUCAACAUUCACGUGUGACCUAGGUUUUACAUUGGAAGGUGACAACAGUUCCAAAUGCACUGAAAAUGGCACAUGGACACUAUACAAUACUUCGUGUGUAAUAAAUGACUGCCACUCUCCUGAAAUGCCAAUAAACGGCAACGCUACGGCUAUCAAUGGAACAACUUACUUGUCAAUUGCAAGAUACGUGUGCGACAAAGGAUUUGAUCUACAUGGAUCAAAUAAAACAAUUUGUCAGGCUAAUGGGUCAUGGAGUGGAACAAAACCAACAUGUAAUAUAAAAGACUGUGGUGCCCUUCAAAAUCCAACAAAUGGCAAGGUUAACACAGACAAUGGGACAGAAUAUCAGUCUGUAGCCACAUUCACCUGCGAUAAGGGCUAUACGUUAAUUGGUGAUAAUAUGACAAGUUGUGAAUCAUCCGGGAACUGGAGUCUUCACAGUCUCAUUUGCACUAUCAAUGAUUGUGGACCACGAACAGAACCAGUAAAUGGUUCUGCCUAUUUCUCAAAUGGAACAACAUAUCAGUCAUUGAUGACAUUCGAAUGCGAUACAGGUUUCGAAAUGAAUGGUAUAAACACAUCUGUAUGUCUAGCUAACAGUACAUGGAGUCACGUUGUCCCUAAAUGUAUCAUUAAAGACUGCCACGAACCUAAAGAAACUUUAAAUGGAACAACUGUCAAGGUGAACAAUGGAACAAAGUAUAAAGACAAACUGAACUAUAGUUGUAACACUGGAUACGAUUUAAAAGGAAGCGAUUCUGCUGUCUGUCAAGAAAAUGCAACAUGGAAUGUCGAACCUCCUGAAUGUAAAAUUAAAGACUGUGGGAACCCGAAUGAAACAACCCAUGGAACGAUUUUCAAAACGGGCACUACAUAUAAAGAAAACGUUACAUAUAGCUGUAAUGCAGGAUACGAAACAACCGACGCCGUUUUUGCCACAUGUAACUCAAGUGGAAAUUGGAGCAGACCUGCUCCUGUUUGCAAAGACAUAAAUGAAUGUGCUCGUUACACAAACGACUGUGACUUGCAAGCUAUCUGUAGCAACACUGAGGGGUCUUACACAUGCAAGUGUCCAGACAAGUACACCGAUAAUUCCAAGAAUGGGGAAACCGGUCGAGACUGUCAAGACAUAGAUGAGUGUGCAGAUUGGAAUAAAAGUCAAUGUAAUAAGAAAGGAUCACAGUGUGUUAAUUACCAUGGAGGGUACGUCUGUGUUUGUCAUCGAGGAUGGACUGGCACUCGCUGUGAAAAUGAUAUUAACGAGUGUAACGAUACAUCUACUUGUGGGGUAGAAGCUUAUUGUACUAAUUUUGACGGAGGUUAUAAUUGCACGUGCAAUAAAGACUUCCCGAAAGGAGACCCGACAUUUCAUUGCUAUAAAAAGGUUAUCAUUGAAUUGAAGACACCUGUAGUACCGUUCAGGGGAGAUAAUGAGUUGAUCAACUCUUUUCCUAUACACAACAGGUUUCCUUAUUUUGGAAAGGAGUAUAAAUCUUUUAGACCGAAUAUGAAUGGUUUUAUCACACUUGGCUUUCAACCCUUGUAUCAGAACUAUGGGCCAGAAACCCCUUCUAACUGGAAGACAUUUAGCGAAGGUCGAACUGUGAUAGCUCCAUUCUGGACAAAUCUAGACUCUACUAAUCUCACUGGAGGUGUUUUUGUCCAUCUCAUGGAAUACUACAGAGGUAAUAUGAAUGAUAGUCGACACAAAGACCUGGAAAAGCUGGGAGACAUAUUUUCAACGUCCUUUAACCUUACAGAUUUUCGCCCGCGUGUUGCUAUUGAAGUCACGUGGUUGAACGUUACAAAAUCAUCCUAUAUUAUACCAACAAGACUCAUAAAAUCUCAAAAUGUGACAAUGCAAUUGAUUCUUAUUUCGGAUGGUAUAUAUUCAUACCUAAUGUUUAACUACGAUCAUGAGCAAUGGUCACUUAAACUCGACAAGAAUAUACCAAGUUCUGCCGGCUAUAGUUGCAAAGACAACGAUGUUUAUAUCUUGGCAACAAGCAAAAAUGCAAGUUAUUUGAACCAACAUACCAACGUUGAGACGGGUCCUGAUGGAAGAUGGAUAUUCAACGUUACAGAUCAUGAUCAGAUUACAAGUGCCGUUUUAAAAAACGAAUCAGAGUGUCUGAAAUUUAGUAAAAAUGAAACAAUAAGAAUUUGGAUAUCGAAACAGCGAUUGUUAUCGUACGCAUGUCCAUGUACCCAGCAACAGAUGGACCUCGACUACAGUUACCGUAUUGUGGAACCAAUGUAUGAGAAUGCAAGUCCUAAACCAACAUGUUAUGAGGCGUGGUUCUUUAACAAUGAUGGGGUGAAGCAGACAUGCUGUUACAGUUAUGGAGCUUUGAAGAAGGAUUUUACAGGAGGUGGUUUUGCAACUUUCGAGCCAGACCCUUACAAUAUUAUGCAAUAUUUCUACAUGUGCUGCGACCCAAAGACUGACAGACACCAGUGCCAUCUAUUUUAUGAAAUGAAUCCGCCUGAUGACUGUUCAAGAUUUCAACCUGCGGACGAACCCAUUAGCAGGCACAAGCGUUCACUUUUUGGUUUCUGGAAUAGUGGUGCUUGUAAAUCAUAUUCAAGCGUUUCGUUUAUGAUGAUUGUUGUACUUGUAUUCAUAAAGAUAAUUAACUAACAAAAACAAUAUUCGUUGAUAUGAUGUUUUCAUUUUGUUAUUGUGGAAAGACUGAGGGGAGAUAAAACUAGAAAUUUGAGAAAAAAUGAAACACAUGUUUGCAUAUCAUGAAAACUUCUAAAACCUUCAAAAUGUGGAUCAAAUAUACUUCUUUCUAAACAAUUUUGUUUUUGUCUGUGUAUUAAAAGUGUAUAAUUGUU